AUGAAGUCUUUUUUACUGACGAUAAGUUUAAUAAUCAUAUUAGAAGAAAAUAAAGGCAUCAGAAAAUUUUCAAAAUGAUUUGAAAAAGAGAAGAUUUGGAUGCCAAAAGUUUUUCUAUUAACUCAAAUGCAACUCAUUUUAUCAAAACACAAUAAAGAAAGCAAUUUAGAUGCAUGUGAGGGUUUUCUAAUGAUGAAACGUGCAAAAUUUAAGAUUCUACUAGAAAAAAUACUCGAUUUAAUUAGAAAGCAAGAAAAAAAAGUUUAA